AUGGUGCGUGGAGCAAGGAAAGCUAUUGCUGUCGGAGUUGCGGUGGCUGUCGCAUGCGGUCUCCAGAAGCACUUGAAUUUCGUGCCUGGGCCUCGGCAUGCUGCUCCAGUGGCCGCAGCAGCAGCCAGCAUGAUGAUGGCUCCUGCGGCUUUUGCUGAUGAGAUCGGCGAUGCUGCAAAGAAGCUUGGAGAUGCUUCCUACUCUUUUGCCAAGGAAGUGGACUGGAACAAUGGCAUUUUCCUGCAGGCCCCUGGCAAGUUUCAGCCCUUGGAAGCUUUGAAAGCCAUUGACAAGAUGAUCGAAAUGGGGGCAGCCGCAGAUCCCAAGCUUUUGAAGGACGCAGCAGAAGCACAUCACAAGGCCAUUGGGAGCAUCAGCGGGCCAAAUGGUGUGACUUCGCGCGCUGACUGGGAUGCGGUGAAUGCAGCCAUUGGCCGUGUUGUCGCUUCGGUCCCCAAAGCAAAGGUCAUGGCCGUUUACGAUUCAGUAACAGCCAUCACGGACCCCGGAGUGCCAGCGUACAUGAAGUCCUUGGUGAACGGACCCGAUGCCGAGAAGGCCUACCAAGGAUUCCUGGAAUUCAAGGAUGUUGUUGAAAAGAACCAGGUGGCCACGGCCAGUGCUCCUGCAGUUGUGCCUUCUGGAGACAAAAUUGGUGAAGCUGCAAAAGCCUUGUCCGAUGCAUCCUACCCUUUCAUCAAGGACAUUGAUUGGCUGUCAGACAUUUACUUGAAGCCGCUUCCCGGCAAGACUGCCCCAGAGACGCUGAAAGCCAUUGACAAGAUGAUCGUGAUGGGCGCGAAGAUGGAUGGAAACCUCUUGAAGGCAGCAGCAGAGGCACACCACAAGGCCAUUGGCAGCAUUGAUGCCACUGGUGUGACGUCUGCGGCCGACUACGAAGCUGUGAAUGCAGCCAUUGGCCGCUUGGUGGCAUCCGUGCCAAAGACAACUGUGAUGGAUGUGUACAAUUCCAUGGCCGGCGUGGUUGAUUCCAGCGUCCCCAACAACCUGUUUUCGAAGGUGAAUCCAUUGGAUGCAGUGGCUGCCGCCAAGGGUUUCUACACCUUCAAAGAUGUUGUGGAAGAUGCGCGACAAAUGCUGUCAGGUGCAAUGCCAAAGAAAGGCAUCGGCCAAAUCGCCCAAAUCCGUGAGAUGGAGCAUGUCAAUGCCAGGAAAGCUAUUGCUGUCGGAGUUGCGGUGGCUGUCGCAUGCGGUCUCCAGAAACACUUGAAUUUCGUGCCUGGGCCUCGGCAUGCUGCUCCAGUGGCCGCAGCAGCAGCCAGCAUGAUGAUGGCUCCUGCGGCUUUUGCUGAUGAGAUCGGCGAUGCUGCAAAGAAGCUUGGGGAUGCUUCCUACUCUUUUGCCAAGGAAGUAGACUGGAACAAUGGCAUUUUCCUGCAGGCCCCUGGCAAGUUUCAGCCCUUGGAAGCUUUGAAAGCCAUUGACAAGAUGAUCGAAAUGGGGGCAGCCGCAGAUCCCAAGCUUCUGAAGGAGGCAGCAGAAGCACAUCACACGGCCAUUGGGAGCAUCAGCGGGCCAAAUGGUGUGACUUCGCGCGCUGACUGGGAUGCGGUGAAUGCAGCCAUUGGCCGUGUUGUCGCUUCGGUCCCCAAAGCAAAGGUCAUGGCCGUUUACGAUUCAGUAACAGCCAUCACGGACCCCGGAGUGCCAGCGUACAUGAAGUCCUUGGUGAACGGACCCGAUGCCGAGAAGGCCUACCAAGGAUUCCUGGAAUUCAAGGAUGUUGUUGAAAAGAACCAGGUGGCCACGGCCAGUGCUCCUGCAGUUGUGCCUUCUGGAGACAAAAUUGGUGAAGCUGCAAAAGCGUUGUCCGAUGCAUCCUAUCCUUUCAUCAAGGACAUUGAUUGGCUGUCGGACAUUUACCUGAAGCCGCUGCCCGGCAAGACUGCCCCAGAGACGCUGAAAGCCAUUGACAAGAUGAUCGUGAUGGGCGCGAAGAUGGAUGGAAACCUCUUGAAGGCAGCAGCAGAGGCACACCACAAGGCCAUUGGCAGCAUUGAUGCCACUGGUGUGACGUCUGCGGCCGACUACGAAGCUGUGAAUGCAGCCAUUGGCCGCUUGGUGGCAUCCGUGCCGAAGACAACUGUGAUGGAUGUGUACAAUUCCAUGGCCGGCGUGGUUGAUUCCAGCGUCCCCAACAACCUGUUUUCGAAGGUGAAUCCAUUGGAUGCAGUGGCUGCCGCCAAGGGUUUCUACACCUUCAAAGAUGUUGUGGAGGCUUCCCAGCGCUGA